AUGCUGUUUUGCCUUGCCGAGAUAUUCAUUGCGUGUGGGAUACCCGUCUCGUUCAUUAUUUAUUUUGCCUUUCGGAACAGCGUGAUGAUGGUGACUGCGAUUGCGGGCUCUAUAACAUGGCUCAUAGCAAUGAGCAUUAUCUCAUUGUCUUGGAUCUUUCUCCCCUUUGAAGAGAAAUAUUUUGUCGUCGAGUUAUUUGUCUUCAUGUUCAGCGAAAUCAUUCGAUUCAUCACGUUGGCUGUGAUGAUGUUAUUUGUGAAAAAGUUUGGGGAAAUCAAGAUGUUAGGGUUAGGCCUUGGUGUGGGGUCUGCUUUGUGUCAAGUGUUGGUUCAUAAUGUACCAUUUCUGACAUUGGCAACUACACCAGCGGAAUUGUAUCUACUUGGAACAACUAUUGGUAACUUCAAUGUUGUCGCAUUCAGUGGAAUGUUUUACUCAAUUUAUAUCAUCACCUCAUAUAUGUCGUUGGCCAUUUUACUCAUGAAAAAAACAAAGAAAAUGAUUUUUUGCAUCUUCUUUGUUGGACUCCAUGCACUUUUUAUGGUGUCUUCUUUGUGCACUACUUAUGUCUCUCCAUGGCUUGGAUUAACUGCUAUGUGCAUCGUCGACACUAUCACCGUUGCCUUGACUCUAUUUACACUCAAAGGAGUCUAA